GCAGCAGCUGGGCGGAAAAGGCGGGAGAAGCCUGCCGCUUCCGCGUCCGCGCAGCACCAACUCACGGGGGCAAAAUGGACGAAAAGUUAAUAUUGUCUGUGUUUAAUUACCCAGAGCUGUAUAAUGUCACUUUACCGAAUUACCGCUGCACAGAAAGUCGAACAAAUGCCUGGCGAAACAUCAGCAUUGUGCUCGGACUCCCGUCUGAUGAGUGCAAAAGAAAAUGGAAGAACAUGAGGGACCGGUACUUGAAGGAAUUGCGGAUGGAGAUCAAAAGCAAAAAGCAAGGGGAGAUUGUACCCAGCAGAUGGAAGUACAGACAGCUUAUGAACUUUAUUGCACCCUUUGCUGGCUCGAGAUGUGGAAUGCUCGACCUGUGUGGCAACGAUGACCAUGACCAUCAUGACAACGAGUCUGGCAGUGUGGAGGGAGAAUCCACAUCACCUGAAACGGUCAAGGUGCCGCAGUCCAUCAUGAAGGGCCCCGUGUGUCAACCUGACCUCAAGCCUCAGGUCUCGUUUGUGUCGCAGGUCCCAUCAAUGUCUCAGGAGUCACAGAUGGUGCAGUUCGCCGCUAUGGCGAAGUUGCCGUCGAGCCCCACCAUCAGCAAAACUGGCCGAAAACGAUGCCUGGUGCAAGAUUCACUUUCGCCGCCUUCUCAAAAUUCUCAAUCCCCAACGAAAUGGCUAGUGAAAGACAAUGGCACAGCAUUUCCCACCAGGCCCCGAGAUGAGGAUGAACUGUUUUUGCUGAGCUUUGUUCCUGCUCUUAAGCGACUCGCUCCACAGAAAAGGUGUGAGACAAAAAUAAAGAUCCAGCAGAUUAUGUAUGAAGCAGAGUUCAACAUUGCAAAUCAGAAUGCCACGAGAAACACACGGAGCAAGAAACACCGGACUAGAUCAAACUUACUUUUUUUUUAUACUUUAUUCUUGAUUUCUAUAAAACUCUUCCACAGAUUGACGAAAAUAUUUGUUUUUCCUUUUUUGUACAGCAUAAAGUGGGUGAGUGUGAAUGAAUCGUUCGGCUUUUCAACAGAUCUCAUUGAAGUAUUUUUGUGUUUGAUUUGAAACUGACACCAUCAACACUAAACCAACAUCUUCAUUUGCAUAGCUUUGAUUUCACCAUGUGAAUUCAUAUUAGGAAAAAAUAUUUCAUGUCAAAGGAUCAAAAUUUAUUUCAUCUCUGUAGUACAGUAUCUUACAUUUAAUUACAGCAACACAAGGCAAAAAAAAUAAAAUGCUGAGAGAGGGUAUUUA